AUGAUCUCAACUGUAGUAAAGUCACUCUUCAUUGGAGCAAUCUCUCUACCUGCGCUGAUCUAAGCCAACUGGCAACUAGCAUGGCAUGAUGAAUUCGAUGGAACACAAAUAGACAAAAGCAAAUGGAACUAUGAUAUCGGCGGAGACGGCUGGGGAAACCAGGAGCUUGAAUAUUACACUGAUAGAGGAGAUAACUCCUAUGUUAAGGAUGGAUUUCUUCACAUCCAAGCAAAAAAAGAGAAUUAUGGUGGAAGACAAUACACCUCGGCUAGAAUGAAGACUCAAGGCAAGUUUUCUCAGAAAUUUGGAAAGUUCGAGGCAAGAGCUAAAUUACCCAAGGGUCAGGGUGUGUGGCCUGCCUUCUGGCUAUUAGGAGAUAACAUCAGUCAAGUCGGAUGGCCUGCCUGCGGAGAAAUUGAUAUCCUUGAAGUAAUUGGUAAGCAACCUACAGUAGCCCACGGAUCACUGCAUGCAAAUGGCUUUGACACUACUAAUGGUUAUAAUCACGCUUAAGGAUUUGCAGAUGAUUACCACAUCUAUGGAGUAGAAUGGCACUCUGGCAAGUUAAGCUUCUAUGUUGACGGUAACACCUACUUCUCUGUUGAUAAGAGCGCUUCUCACGGAGACUGGCCUUUCGAUAGAAACAACUUCUUCAUCAUUUUGAACCUAGCAAUUGGAGGAAACUGGCCAGGUAAUCCAGACGGAAAUACCCACUUCCCAUCUCAGUUCAUUAUUGAUUAUGUCAGAGUUUACAAAUACCAAUAAGGUCAUGCUGAAGUUGAAGAUGAAGUUGAGGCAUUGGAAUUCUUGUAAUGA